GAAAGAACUAAGGUAGGGGAAGUUCCACUCGACAGUCGACAGGUGGCCAUUGCCCACGGAAAGGAAACAUUCAUUUAUGUUGUGUCUGCGUCCCUGAGAAGCCGAAUUCUCUUCUAUCGACGGUCCUGAAAAUCGUCCAAAAUGGGCUCCAAAGUCGAGUACGUCGACUCGACGCAGAUGUACGCGACGAGCUACGCGCGUAACUCGAAGGCCGUGGCCGUGCUGUGGGGCGUCUUCACCCUGUGCUACGCCGUCAUCUGCCUGGUGGCCUUCGCAACCCCUGAGUGGUUGGGCACUACCUCCUCAGGGCGCAUCGGUGUGUGGACCAUUUGCAACGCCAUCGACGCCCAGUCCGGCGUCGAGACUUGCAUCGGCAAGUUGGAGGACGUGACCACCAUCCCUGGAGUUGCUCUCAGGGCGGCCGCCAUCCUCGUCGGCUUGGGCACCCUGUUGGCUCUGAUCUGCGUGGUCGCCCUUCUGCUGUUCUUCUUUUGCGGCACCACAAGUGUCUUCAUGAUUUGCGGAUGGAUUCAACUUCUCUCAGCAAUCCUCAUCGGCGCCGGAGUGCUUGUGUUUCCUGCUGGUUGGGACACCCCUGAAGUCCAGCUCACUUGCGGCUCCUCCGCUGGCCAAUACAUGCUCGGCGACUGCUCUGUUCGUUGGGCUUUGGUUCUGGCCGUCAUCGGCUGCCUGGACGGCAUCAUUCUUGCCUCUUUGGCUUUCAUUCUGGCCACCAGACACGUCCGCCUCCGCCCUGACCCAGGCCCCAACCUUCCUUACAAAGGUGAAGUAAAUGGAGCAUUCCUGAAUGACGCUCAGUCCCUGACUGGCUCGAGAAAGGCCAUCAACAUGCAGCCAGUGAUGAUGAUGCAGCCAGGCCCAGGCGAGGUCGACCGCUACUCGGAGUUUUCGAAUCGCACCGGCCGCUCGAAGGCCAGCGGAUACCGAGGCGACUACUCGUCAAGUGUUCAGAACUUCCAGCUGUGAACCUAGUUUUGUAACACGAACGACUGAGAGACUUUUGCGACUUUUAACAGUGCCUGUUCCGUUUGUAAGUACACGAGUAAAAGUAGUUUCGCAUCCUCUUUGACAAAAUCCGGCUUCUCUCGGACAUCAAUUUUAUUAUUAUUUUUAUCAAAUAUGCGUGCAUGUAAUGAGAAAAUGACUCACGAAGCCAAAUUUAUUGUAUUGUUAGGGCCGAGUGCUGUUGAUCGAUUGGCCUUUGCAUGUCACGGAAGCCAAGCAUGCCUCUUUAUUGACAAUUAAUCGCCCACUUACUCCAUGUUACAUUCACCAUCUGAAUAAUCAAAGCGUUCGGCGUAAUCAGUUUUGAGCUUGGUAGACAUUUAAAUAAGUGAUUCUCAACCGCAAUGACGUUUGCGAUUGCUCGAAGACGCCAGCAGCAGUUGGCAUCUCGAAGCAAGCAAUGUUGUGCUGUACAUACACAGCCUGCUUUGAGGCAGUUUUGCUUUGAUCAUUAAUGCUGUCUGACAUGCACAACCUGAGAUGAGACUACGUUCGCAGGCAAAAAAUUAAAUGAAAUUGAGUUUCAAACUUUCAAGCCUGCUUUGUUACUAGGAAGAAAAAAAAAUUUAGAUUUUAAUUAUGUCAAACUUAAUGAAGAAAAAUUAAGCCGUUGGUAAAAUAAUACUUGAAUAUAUCCUAUUUGUCUUCCAUUUUACAACGAUUGAAUCUCAGUAUCUGAUAUUACUAAGAAUUGAUGAAAUAAUUUUUGCUAAAUUUAUUUAUUAGCAUUUAGGAUAAUAGAUUUAAAAUGUACUACAACAAGAGCGAAACGAAUAAAAUAUCUUUUAAUUGACCA